AUGGGCAGCCAUUGGGCCAGCAACUCAACGGACGAGGCAGAUUUUGAGUUGAGCUUCAAGACGUCCAAGUACGACCAUUUUCCGAGCCACGACUGGCUCACAUCUCGAUGGUUGAAGCUCUGCACCAUGCUUUUCAUUUUUAACUCUCGGACAGCAAUGGUUGCAACUCUGAUAUGUUCGCUGGCUGUUGGGCCUACGAAGUGGGAAACCAAGGACUCUGCUCCCAAGUAUGGCGAUGGUGUUGAAAUUCAUAUCAGUAGUUUCUGCGUCUACCUGGCGUUCUUGUUGUUCUUCUUCUUCUGGCAACGUAUCCGAACCCUCUUGAGAAGACCACUCGUGGUCUUCCUUGACAAGCUCUGCAUUGCGCAGGGUAAUCCAGAGCUGAAGGAAAAGGGCAUUCUCGGCCUGGCGGGCUUUUUGGAAAAGUCGGACCACCUUACGAUUUUGUGGUCGGCGCGCU